GCCGGCGGUGUCAGGACGCCGCUGAGCUUCUUCGAAGAGCACGCAAUCUCUGACGCACGCGCCUCGUGCCACCACCUCGUGUGUGAGCAAGCUCCGGUGAAGUGGGACUCCAUCGCCUGCGAGAUACACGUUGCUUGUAGAAGAAACAAACAAAAAAGUGCGGGGGAGUGACACUUUUGCUGUGUGUCCCGUCGGACUUUCCGCACCGUUGACGGCAACAACGAGGCCGCGCGUCCUGAGAAGUGAGCAAACAUGAACAACACGACGGAGCUGCUGGCCGACGGUCGUCGGGACGUCCUCGUUGGCAGCUACCUACUCGCUGUCGGGUUGAUCGGCAGCGUGGGAAAUGGGAUAAUCCUGGCCAUGUAUGCUUGCGUGUCUUCGGUGAUGGACCCCACGAGCUUGCUCCUCAUCAGCCUGGCGGCCUCUGACUUCGGCAUUCUCAUCGGCUGCCCAUUUUCGGCAACGGCCAGCUUCUCCGGCAAGUGGAUCUUCGGUUACACGGGAUGCCAGGCGUACGCCUUCAUUGGCUUUUUCUUCGGCUCGGCUCACAUCGGAACACUCACUCUUCUAGCCCUGGACCGAUACCUGGCCACCUGCCGCAUCGGCUUCCGUGGGAAGCCUACGUACAAGAGAUACGUCCAGCUUUUGGGGAUCGUUUGGUUCUACGGUUUCUUCUGGGCUGUCAUGCCUCUCCUUGGAUGGGCUAGGUACGGUAUGGAGCCUUCGUUCCAGUCGUGCACGAUUGACUGGCGACACAACGACGCCAGCUACAAGUCGUUCACGGUGGUCUACUUCGUUCUGGGAUUCCUUGUGCCGGCUUGCAUCGUCGUGGUCUGCUACCGCACUUCAUCGGCGCACAUUCGGGUCCCCAAGCCCACUGUCGUCCGUCCCAACGACAUGAACGAUGACUUCUGGGCGAACCAGGACACGGUCACCAUGAUGGUGGUGGUCAUCGUGGCCACGUUCUUCGCAGCCUGGACCCCGUACGCUGUGCUCUGCCUGUGGGCCGUGUUUGGCAAGUCUUCUAGCGUGCCACAUCUCGUGGCCGUUGUGCCACCACUGUUCUGCAAGACGGCCAGUGCCAUCAACCCGUUCAUCUACUUCGUCAGCAACCCUCGCAUCAGGACCGACAUAUACGCACUUCUUACCUGCCGAUGCAAGAGCCUCGGCAGGCGCAGCUGCUCCAUCGAAGAGGACUACUGCUAGUCGCCGUCCCGAACAUGCUGCUUCUCCAGCCGGUCCGCUAUUGGGGAGCGGAUGAACAUGCUGCUCCUGGUGGCCUCACAGUUAUCAUCUGGGACAACCUUGUUCAAGUGGCAGAGGGAAUGUAUGCUCUCUGCACGGUUUAAGCACUGGCGCAUGGCCCAGCAGAGACAGCAGGCAAACUACUACUUAUUUUGUGCGAGGCUGAGUCACCUGGGCAUCACUGAAAAAUUACAUUAAGAAAAAGCUGUAACGAACUGAUACCCACAUUUAUUCAAAAAAAAAAAAAAAAGACGUUACAGGGUCUGGACACUUGCCUUCUGCAUACAUAUGUGAAUGUAGUUUCAUAGAUAAAGUAUUUUACUGAGUGCCAUUGGAAGCUACAGAAACUAGUUUGGAUAAACAGAUUAUACAUUAUUUUUUAAACCUCUCUUUCUUCUAUCGCGCUUCUGGUGAACGCAUCUCAGGCCUUUCGGUUACCCGCACACGCUCUCUCACGACUUUUUUUUUUUUUCGCCGUGGGCGGUUUUCUGGCUCACUCGGGCGUACGUGAGACAGGCCGUUCCAAUCCCUCGCUUCAUAUAAACGACGAAAUUAAAAUUUAAAAAGCAAAAAUAUGACAAAAAAACUUGCUCAUGUUUUACGUGCCAAAACCACGAUGUGAUUAUAAAGCCCUUCUUAGGCGGGUACUGUACAUUAAUUUUAACCUACUGGUAUUUUUCAACGUGCAUCCUAUCAGCGUUCUUGUAUUUGCCCCUAUCAAAAUGGGUCAGCAAAAUUUGAUCCCGGGAUCCCGUGCUUGACAGCGCAAUGUCACAGCCGCCCAGCCACCACGGUGGGUAAAGCUAAGAACCCUCGAGUGCUAUGCAUGUACUAUCGUAUCAUGGGCCGCACUUUAGAGAUAACCAGCACCUCAUACGCACUCAUUCGGCUCACAUUAUGGAUGAUGCAAUUUUGCUUACACUGUUUUUCUUAAGGUCGUACUAUGAUGAUUUGCGUCACCUUAAGGGUAGACGUGCCCAUCAUUGAGCAUUGAAUUGACUUCCGUAAAUCAGAAAUGUAAAUCCAGAAAGUAAGGCUUCCACCUGACACCAAUAGUCCUCCUUCAAAAAAAAAACACUAAACACAUCAGGUGCACAUUUACAUUCGUGCUACUUCCCCUUUACUGUGUCAUCGUAGUAAGUGGUUCCAGUAUGUCAUAUGUGACGCUGCAGUGCGGUAUAUGCGCAUGUUUCCGUGCGAAGAAUGUCGGCGGCCUAGUCCGAGACUGAAAAUUUCUCUAAUUUGUGGCAGCUGUCUGCUGCUGGCGAGUUAUGUUUUAAGGCGAUCUUUCUUCUCAAUCUUUGAAGAUUAAUGGUGAUAGCCUUCUUAUUGCUAUAACAAUUAACCAACUCGCGGCCUUGUUAAUGUAGAAAUAUUCGGAAAGCAUGACAGAUGCAGCAUCAAAUCGCGUCACCAUUGAGCAACAACUUUUCUUUCAUUUUUUCGGAUGGUCCGGGAAGUGCCCGUUGGGGCACGGCGGCUGUGCCGUGUUGCAGCUGAGCGUGACAUUUGGACUUCCCUUCCGUGUUUACUUAAAAUCAAUGCACGCAAAGAGCCGGCGCGAAUAGAUUACCGAUUCUAGAGCGAUCCAAAUUAUUUCCGAUCACCUCGCGACGCUGUGUUUUACAGCCUAAUUGUAGUUACUGAAGGGUUUGAAGCCCUACCAGUUAAUCGUCCAAAAUAAAAUUGACGUCGGUGAUUAGGCUGACCAUCAACGCUCGCAGCCUGAAACCCGACAAAUGCUUUAGAGAAAAACACUCACUCCUUCCACAAGUUCAUCAUGCUCGGCUUCUUUACUUGCAGGAGGGAAGCUGACACUUGCAUUUCAGACAUUUGUUAGUUCGGCAACAGCAACCACAGCGAAGAGCACUAAUUACCAUAUGUCAUCUCUGCUAGAUCACGUGGUUGUUUGCACCUCCGUGCAUUGCCACUGCUGGCAAGGUCGGCGACUCGUUCAUCCGUCGCUAUAUGACGCGGGACAAAUCUGAAUGCUGUGGUGGUACUACAGUAAACAUUCAGUACCGUGCCAUCCGCUAAGGAAAAAGCUUUCUCUUACGCCUGUUUUUAGUUUCAGCACAAAGGGUAACGACUACAUGGUCCCUUGUGUGGAUUUCGCUGCUGCUAAUUUUUCCCCGAAACCACGAAUUACGUCACUGCAACUGUUACUAUCAAUUUCGCACAGAGUUUACGUCGUAAACAAACACAUGCUAUCGGCGCGCUCCAGCAGCAUGUAGCUUAAGAGAAUAUUUUUGGAGUCAGCAAAUACUUCAUUCACGUCUGCGGACUGCUCACAAAAGUCGAGAUCGUUGAAACACAGCCUGCGGAGUACAAUCGUUGAGAGUUACAGUCCGCUUGUUGCGACUCGGUUAACUUGUUGAAAAGAGGUGCACAUUACAUGACACUGCUUUUUGUUGAACGUGCCAAAAGAGAAUUGCACAUGCCUUCCACUUAAGAAAAGUUAUUGCGAUCUUCUCUAUACUGUUGUUAUUCGUUGGCACCUGUCCUGGCUGUUGUUGGGAUAACGGAUAACUGUUAUCCUAACAGUUAUCCGUUAGGAUAGGAUAAGGAUAGCUGUUGUUAGGGUGACGAGUUAACCAAAUCCGCCAGCAACAACAUGUAGAAGCCGCACGAUAGCUGCUGCGAGAGCCUAUCAGUGACUCUGCAGACCGCUUGAGCUGUCUUCAUUUUUACCGCUGUCAUUCUGACGUCGGUCAUUAUGACACUUCUACACUAGUUGGCGUAGGCGUCAGAUUAGUCUCCAACGGCAGGGUGUAUCAUUACCUACACUCCUUCACUUAAGGCGACCAGCUAAGGCCAUAAAGGUGCACAUUUCGUUUCUUUUAUAUGAGCAUUCCAUUAGGGAGAAAAUUAAUUUGAAGCGUUAGACGUAGCUCCAACAAAGGAACCUUUUCUGCCAUUUUUGAGCUUACGUGUUUGCCAGUUGUAACUAAUGCCGUGUUAUUUGUCUUGAGGAAAAAGAACGUACGAAUAACGUGCACUGUGUACAAGACUGUGCGGAAUAUUUGAUACAUUGGUCCCUCUGUACGAUGGCUUCUGUAGUCGUCGUGUUGCAUUGGAAUCCAAAAUAUUUCCGAACACUAGUUUUAAUUACUGUCCUAAUUGAGGUUCGUGUCGUCGCUUUUUUUUUCAUUAGUGUGAUCACAAAUGCUUGCUGGUGCCGGUGGCAUUAUGUGUUCUUUGUCCGAAAGAAAGAACCCUAAUUUAAUUGAAAACUUACUCCAACUUGGGCAAAUUGGUGGUGCUUAAGUUUAAUCGACCGAAACGAAUAUGACGAUGAACGCGAAGACGCAGGGCCAGUAUGGCAAUUUCUAUCUAAACUGAACACAAGCACGGUGCGUCCAUUAUAGUCCCUGCUGUCUGCGUUCUUGACUGUGACCUAAUGUUUGGAGCGCAAAACGAAGGUUUUAGUAGAGGCAAUACUACGGGACCACACUGCUAUGUGUGUUGCUGUAUCUUUACCAAAAAGCAUUCGCCGCACAUCCAUGUCAUCACUGAAGAAGUGCGCGCGGACAACUUUAAAACCUGAUUUAAGAAUGGUGCGGCACAUUCUGACUUUAAAUUUAUGUAAGCCGGCUGUGUACUUCGUUUUCCGUUCAGGAACAUUAAGUCUCGGCAGGCACAACAUUGUGCGAACCACGUUCCCGAUGUUUUUUGAACCUCGGUGUCGUGACAGAAACUGUGCAAGUGCAAUUUCAGGCAGCGUUGCUGUAUUUUUCGUUUCUUAUGAGUAUAUUUAUGCAUGCAGUUUCGUCCCUAAAUGAUUUUUUUUUCUAAUUAAAUUGACGUUGUUGUCGUUUUGAAACUAGUCCCAGAGUAGUCUAAGGAAAAUUUUGGCUUCGCAUGUAUGAAAUUGAGUGAACUCCCAGUGUACACAGGUACCUUUCAAACCAUAUCACUAGUGAGCAGCUUUACUUUUCCGCACGACGCUUAUUUGGUUUCACGUCCCAUUGCACCACCGUUAGUCAACACUCAUUUCACUGUAAAUCACAGCAGCUACAUGUAAAUAGAGGUUACGGCCAUUUUAUAAUAUUACACAUCUAAAACACCGAGAGCACUAUUUCUGGGUAAACAACCAACUAUUUUUCGACAGUGAUAUGGGACAUCUUGUCCGUCUAUUCUGUAAUGUCUCAUCGAGACAUUACGAAUGACAUUCGACAAUGUAUAAUAAAAUCGUGGGAACAUAUUCCUCUAUGUGAUGUUUUUCUGCCGUUACAGUGUGUUGUUAAUAUGGCCCAUUGUAAAGCGGGCACGUUACCAAGAACAAGAAAAGCCAAUCGUUGUAUUGUACUUAUACAUACAUUUAAGUGCACUCUACGUAGAUUACCCGCCGUCUAACCAUAAGUGGCACCCGCCUGGCACAGCACCCAUAUUCUCCUUCUGUAGUCUGUUUCCAGUGCCCAGUACAUGCAUUUAUACAUGUUGUGUACAUGCCUUCGUCGUUUCGUGUUCUUUAUCUGGUGGUUUGUGGACAAAAAUAAAUGUAUGCGCCAAUAGGCAUUAUUCUGUGGUAAUCUAUACACAAUAAAGUUCCAAGUAUU